AUAUUUUUUUUUGUUCUUUUUAUUGGUAAAUUUUCCUUUUCGUGAAAAAAAAAUAAAUACAAAACAAAAACAAACGAUUGCAUCAUCAUGGCUGAAUCAUCUCAAAUUUCAAUGGUUCGACAGAAUUAUCACAAAGAAUGUGAAGCUGGUGUUAAUAAACAAAUCAAUCUUGAAUUGUAUGCGUCGUAUGUCUAUCAGCAAUUGGCUUUCCAUUUUGAUCGCGAAGAUGUUGCUUUGCCUGGAUUUCGUAAAUUUUUCGAUGAAUCCAGUAAAGAAGAACGUGAACAUGCCGAAAAAUUGAUGAAAUUUCAGAAUCAACGUGGUGGCCGUAUUGUAUUGCAUGAUAUACCUAAACCAGUGAAACAGGAUUGGACAUCCGGUUUGGAAGCAAUGGAAGCAGCAUUGGAAUUGGAAAAAACUGUCAAUCAAUCAUUGUUGGAUUUACAUGCUGUUGCCACUAAAAAUAAUGAUGUUCAAUUUGCCGAUUUUCUUGAAACACAUUAUUUAACUGAACAAGUUGAAGCAAUCAAAAAAUUGGCCGAUUAUGUUACACAAUUACGUCGUUGUGGUCUUGGUUUGGGUGAAUAUCUUUUCGAUAAACAUACCCUACAAUGAUGAUGAUAAUCAUAAUCAUAACAAAAAAAAAAAAAAAUAAACAUCGAUAAAUCAACAGCAAAACGAAAUUGGAACAGAAAAAAAAUCACUACCGUAGAAGAACAUUAUCAGCAACAA